AUGAACGGUGCGCCGAACCAUCUGAAAAAGAAGACUUCGUUCGCAAUAAGUGAUUUUGAGCAGGAGAAUCUAGGGCCUGUAGACGAACUGCAAGCCGACGACGAGGAUUCUUCUGACGACAAUUUCACAUUCCUGACGCCAUAUCGAAAACCGUCCUCCAGAAGUGCCCUUGUGAGAACAACCAGUUUCAACAAUAAACAAUACCGAAGUUUGAAAGAGAUGAUUAUCGAUGUCAAGCAGCAAGAACCUGUGAAAAAUGGAUUGCAUCCGCCAGAAAACGGAUCAAAUCAUUCGGGUCGAAAAGUCACUUUCACUUUGAAUGAAAACGAUUUCGAAUUUCCAAAGUUUCGUAAGAAUAGGUCUCGAUGGCUACGGAUGGAAUUGAAUCAAAUCAAAAUGAAACUGAUAUCGUUGUCAUAUUUGUUAUCGGAUUGGAUGUUUCUUGCCCUACUUGGAAUAGCAGUGGCAUUCAUUUCGAUUCUGGUGGAUAUGAUGGUGUUUUCGUUCCAAGAAUUGCAGAGAAGGACUGUCUCCAUUUAUAAUAUAUACGGAGCAGAUCAAUCGUUUUGGUUAUGGGGAUGUGGAUUGCUUGGGUGGUGUGGUUAUAUGAUUGGAUUAGUUGCAGCUUCAGCGUGUUUCGUUCAUUAUGUGGCUCCACAAGCAAUUGGAUCGGGAAUACCAGAAAUGAAAACAAUUAUUCGAGGAGUGAUUUUGGUAGAUUACCUAACUCUCCGGACACUUGUCUCCAAAAUUUUCGGAGUGGCGAUGGCGCUUGGCAGUGGUGUCCCAAUCGGUAAAAUGGGACCGUUCGUGCAUAUCGCCUCAGUGGUUGCCAACCAAAUGUGCCUACUAGCAGCGAAAUUCGAUUCUGCGUAUCGUGAGGAGAGCAGAAGAAUGGAAUGUCUAGCUGCUGCAUGUGCAGUCGGCGUCGCGUGCACUUUCAGCUCGCCAGUUGGAGGAGUAUUGUUCUCGAUUGAAGUCACAACGAUGUAUUUUUCUGUACGGAGCUAUUGGAGGGGUUUUUUCGCAGCGUGUUGUGGAGCGACAACUAUUCGAUUAUUGAGAGCUUAUGUAGUAGAAACGGAAGGUGAGCUGGAUCGGCACGAUUUUGAAUAUUUCCCAUGUUCCAGUUACUGUAAGUGCAUUCUAUCAAACCAGCUUCCGCCCGGAUGCAUUUUCCGUCAACGAGCUUCCACUGUUUGCAUUGCUCGGCUUACUAUGUGGCAUUUUAGGUGCUGGUUACAUUUCCAUUUACAGAAGUGUUGUCUUGUUUUUAAGAAACAACCGAUAUGCAAAAAUAAUUUUCCAGAGACACUGGAUAGUAUACCCGAUUGUGAUUUCAUGCGCCUUCUCGCUUCUUUCAUAUCCACAUGGUCUCGGAAUGUUUUCCACCGGAAGGGUAUUGUGUUGUUCUUGGCUCCCACCACGAAUAUGACGUUUCAGAUAAAAUUCGGAGCGAACCUACGUGAUUUCUUUGCAAACUGUUCGUUUAUGGCAAAAACAACAGAUGAUCUAGUUUGUGGAGCAGAAAUCUAUUCGCAUUGGUUGAAUCGAGGAAAUAUUUUGUUGCUUCUUUUUUUGUUCGUUAUAGUUCACUUCGUGUUUUCUAUCAUCAGUUUCACACUUCCAGUUCCAACAGGAGUUUUUCUUCCAGUUUUUGUUUUAGGUGCCGCUAUCGGAAGAUUAUAUGGAGAGACAAUUGGGCUGAUUCUGGAAGACAUUCAUGCUAUAAGACCUGGAAUCUACGCCGUUGUCGGUGCGGCAUCCUUUUCUGCAUCUGUCACUCAUACGGUGUCGGUGUCUGUGAUGAUUUUUGAAAUUACCGGUCAACUUCAUUUCAUCUUGCCAGUCAUGAUAUCUGUUAUGUUGUCCAACGCUGUUUGUGCUUAUCUUCAACCCUCUUUCUUCGAUACCAUUAUCAAAAUCAAACACUUACCAUUCCUACCGGACAUUCCUCCAUCCAAUAAUCUAGUUCAUACAACUUAUGCAGAACACAUUAUGGUGACGCCGGUGAAGUUUAUCACCAAAAUAACAACAUACAAUGAGAUUCGUGAAGCGGUGCAAACCGGUCUUCGUCUUUUCCCUGUUGUUGACUCUAAACAUUCCCAAAUGUUAAUAGGAACCGUUUCACGAAGAUAUCUGACAAUUUUGCUAAACGGGAAAAUCGGCGACACCCCGAGAAAAAUUGAAGCGGAGAAGCGAGUUAGACAAGCAAUUGAAACCAUUGAUAAUCAUUUCAAAGAUUCUGAAAAAGAGUUAUCAGAAGAUAGGAGACGAAUUUGUUCGGAAACUGAUUUCGUUUCUAUGCAGAGGAAAAAGUCAGAUAUUGUAACUCCAUUAGCGAAAUCCUUAGAAACACCGACUAGACCUGGGGAACAGAAAAAUCGAUUCCUAGUUGUACCUCUUCCUGACGUCAGUGAACCCAAAUUGUUCUUUCCACCUAUUCCGUCUUCCCCAUCUGUGCCAAUUGAGAAUACAUUGAAGCGCCGUAACUCGGGAUCAAGGAGAAAUGCGUUGUUCAGUUUACAAGAUAUGGAUGAGAAAUCUGCCAAAGAUUUUUUGGAUGAUCAUGGUAUCGAGCACAAGACAAUUCAUGGAAACGCCAACGAACACCACACAAUCAUCAAAAGUUAUAUGAGACAGGCGAAAAAGUAUUUGAAUCAUAUGCAGUUCGGAAAUCAUAAGAAAGGAUCACAGGAGAGUAAUCCAUACGAUUUGACACCAGAAGAGAGAAAAGCAUGGGAGGAGGAACAGCUUGCAAUGAAGUUAGAUUUGACUGAAAAUGACAUAGAUCCUGCACCCAUCCAACUUGUCAAGCAAACGUCCCUCUACAAAAUUCACUCAAUCUUCUCAAUGCUCCAAUUGAGCAAAGCAUAUGUAACGGAUUGUGGUAGGCUGAUUGGUGUAGUGGCGUUGUCUGACCUCCGAAAAGCGCUGGAGCACACAGAAGAGGUGAUCAAAACGGAGAAGAAGAACAGUAAUUGCGGAGCAAUCCCAUCUAACGUUCUACAGAAUAAUCUCCGUCACAUAUCGACAAAUGUCAUCGAUAUUUUAACACCCCCACUAGAAGUUGCUCGUGGAACAACUCUCGAAACGAAUACAGUACUCCCGGAGAUCAUUUCGUCACCAAAAGAAGUAAUUCCACCGCCUCCGUUUGAGCCCCGCUCUUCGCUUCGACUACGUCAGCCGAGAGCCAUCAAUUUUGGAAUGGAGCCCAGAAAAAGGUCUGGUUCUGAGUUCCAUCAACGACCCGAGGAAUUUGUGGAAGCUGUUGCUUAUUUGAGAAGGAAGUCGCAUGCGAUUAUAACACCGAGAUUACAUGAGGAACCCGAAGAGAGUUCAUCGUCGGAAUGA